UGCGGACAGAUGCCAUCAUCAAGCCUAUCUCAUGUCUGUCUCUAUUAGCAAUCCCGCUCCGAUCCGGUGCGACCUCGACCCCAUAAGCUCCCUAGUCGAGGAUCGAUGACAGGGGCUACCACUGGUUUUCUGCACGUCAGCUGAGGAACUUGUCCCACGGGACACGGACCACGACACACGAACUCUUUGCUGUCUGAAACCAAUGUCGUUUUGCUGCCGGUGCCGAAUUCAUGGCCCUCGACCUUCGCUCGACUCCGCCCCAACGUCUCUCUCUUUUGUAUUCCACGACGCUUGGCCACUUCUCAGAUCCGUUUUUAUAUCCCUUUCGUUUUCCACUCUUGUGCACCCGCACCCGCUCCCCAAUUGGCCAAUCUCCAGGCCGAAUUCAUCGACAGGACGACCUGGGUGGACGUACCGCAAACCCCUGAAACCAAGGGCCAAAAGCCCAUCCUCCAAAACCUCCGACGGACCAGGGGAAGCCAGUUCUCGCUUCUUGCUGUUUGGUGUGUGUGACAGAUGGUUAUCCGUGGGCCUAGGCGCUCGAUCCUGAUAUCUAAUCGUGCAUACUACACAACCAACACCCACCUACUGAAUCCGGUUAUACCCGAGCCCACCCUUCUUGGCUGGUCUGCCUGCUGGGUACAGGCAGGAAGGAAGGUGGCCCCUGGAAGUUGGCGAGCGCGUCGGCUGUGCCCACGCACAGCUCCAGCCUCAGGAGAUGGGCCGCCGGGGAAGUGGCAACGUCUUCACCCACGUACGGGGUGUCGUCCUCGUAGCCCCUUGGGUCGUGUGGCUUCUCUUCAUCGACUUCGCAGUGUCGGCCUUGCUCCCACUCAAGAGCUUGUUUCCUGACGCCGUCUACUACCUCUCGUCUGCUCUGGCGUGGACCGUCUGGCGCUGGGUCCAGCACUUCUUCGAGGGCUUCAGCGGCGCCGCCGUGGUCGUCUCCGGGGACCAGAUCCCGGCCGGCGAGAGCGCCAUCGUUGUUGCCAAUCAUGUGGCCUGGACGGAUUUCUACAUGAUCCAGCACCUCGCCAUUCCUGCCAAGAUGCUCGGCAGGUGCCGGUACUUUGCCAAGAUUCAGCUCCGCGCCGUACCCUUUCUCGGCUGGGGUCUCUGGGCGCUGGGCAUGCCGAUGGUCAGUCGGAACUGGAUCCAGGACAAGGAUGAGCUUAGCAGGGUGUUCCAAGGCAUCGUGACCAGGAGAUGGCCGACUUGGCUCAUUUCCUUCUCGGAGGCCACCCGCUUCACGCCCAAGAAAUAUGAAGCGUCGCGCGCCUGGUGUAGCGCCAACAACAAACCCCAGCCGAAGCAUCUCCUGUAUCCGCGGACCAAGGGCUUCGUCGCGACCGUCAACCACCUCCGACACGCCCCGCAGGUCAAGGCCGUCUACGACGUCGCCAUAGCGUACCAGAAAGGCUCCCGCUGGCAGGUCGCUCCGACGUUCUGGGAUUCGGUUAGCGUCCCCGGUCUGUCGGUUCCCGCCGGUGGUGGUGGUCGGGGGUUCCGGUUCCACGUCCACGUCCGGCGGUUCCCAAUCGAGCAGUUGCCGCAGACCGACGAGGAUCUGGCCCGUUGGUUGGAGCAGCGCUGGGUCGAGAAGGGGGAGUGGCUGGAAGGGCUGAGGCAGGAGUGGACGGGCGAUGCUGACAGUGUAGAGGACGUCAAGGCGUGACCGCGCCUGCACACAAGUCGGGUCUCUUUUUUUUUCGUUUUCAUGUCACCCCCUCGCCAGAUCAAGACCCUGAGCUAGUGUCAAUGGUGAUGUCGCAUUGUUGACACGACUGCCGACAUGCCUACCCGAACUUCCGUCCAGAAAGCCAACGCGCCUGGUGUUCAUCUAAGCCAUUUGGGACUUCUGUAGUGACUUGAGGGCCCUUCCGGGUCUUGCGAGGUACCUAUCGGCAGCCGCACAUGCUCACCCAAACGACGCAGUACAACACAACUCCCAUCCGGUGCGCAGUAAUAAUUUUGCCAAAGAAAAACGGCUGAUCUCUAUCAGAGGCGCCCAGUGUGGGCACGCAUGAAUCACACAUAAUUGAUUUCUGCACGCAAGCAAUCUCUGCCGUGGCAACCACGGGGUCACGGCCAUUCGUUGUCCAGUAGCACGGCAGCCGCAGAUGCGCCUAGUGAGGAGGCGAG